GCCACCCCCCCCGAAAUAACAGGCCCUGCUUCGCCUUGGCAGGGAGGAGGACGAGGAAGGGGGCUUUGCUCUUCCUCCCCGGCAGGAGCUGGGGGUCGAAGGUGAGGGGCGAAGCAGUGGAUGAACGGGAAAUCCUCGUCUGCUUUCCGAUUGGAGCGCAGCUUUCACCGGUCGGCAUCGCCUGCCGACACCAUGGAGCUUUUUGGGAGCUUCGUCCGCCCCCGGGGUGAGACUUUGGGGUUCCCAGCUCGGCCCGGCAACACCGGCACAGUGAAGACCUUGGGCAACACCUAUCAGUUCACGGUGGAUGUCUGUGACUUCGCCCCCGAGGACAUCAUCGUCACCACUUCCAACAACCAGAUCGAGGUGCAUGCCGAGAAGCUGGCUGCAGACGGCACCGUCAUGAAUACCUUCACCCACAAAUGCCAGCUGCCUGAAGAUGUGGACCCCACAUCGGUAUCGUCCUCGCUGGGGGACGAUGGCACGUUGACCAUCCGGGCUCAGCGACAGCCCGCCAAGCACGCCGACCACGUCCAGCAAACCUUCCGGACUGAGAUCAAGAUCUGACGGGUCAGGGGAGUCCCUUUUCCCCCCUUCCUCAUUAAUUAUUUGGGUGAUUUGGGAAGGAGGUGGGACGUGGGGUAGGGGACGGGAAUGCUCCCCCUCAGGGUCAGACCCAUGCUGGGGGCUGGCGUGGAGAGACACAUCCCGUCACCCACCAGAGAAAUUCCAGAGGGGAGUCCCAGCUCCGGAGGGUUGAUGGGGAAGAUCCGGCAUGCCAAGAGCCCCACCGGGAGUAAGGAGCGAGGUUCCCUUCCCCAGAGCUUGUCUCUGUAUAUACAGCUUGUGAUAAAUUAUUGAGAAUGCCUGA